ACCAGCUAUUCUGGAAAGCACUCUUCUGCUACACCGGUUCCUUCACUAGGCAAACACAAACAUAUUUUUUGUUUAAUCUGAAAAGGGGAGGGUGGGCGAAAAUGUCUAACAACUGUGAACAGACUGUCUACUGUGAGGUGAAUCCUCCAGAGUGAACAACCAUAAUUUGGCUGCCGGAAGCUGAUAAAAAUCACAGGUUAAAAUUGGUUUCGCCAUGUGGAAAAACAUUAGAUGCUAGACUAUCUCGCAAUCCUUGGCGUCUUUGUGGCAAGCCUACUCCUGCUUCUCAUAGUGUUUCCAAUUCUGGCCAAGAAGAGAAGCACAGCGUCUGGCACAGCGUCUUAAGAGAGAAAAUGGCACAGCACAUAACCGGAAAAAGCAAAGAGGAGCGAAUUCUAGAAUUUGUAUUGCAAAAUGCUGUGAAAGGUGAUCCAAAGAGUGUGGUGGACACGAUUGACAAAUACUGCAGGGAGAAGGAAUGGGCGAUGAAUGUAGGAGAUGAGAAAGGUGUAAUCUUGGACAAAGUUGUAAAAGAGACAAACCCAUUAUCUGUGCUGGAGCUGGGGACAUACUGUGGUUACUCGGCUCUGCGCAUGGUCUGUGUGCUCAAACAUGGUGCUCGUUUACUGACCAUCGAGUUCAAUCCAACCAAUGCAAGCAUUGCAAAGCAGAUCUUCCGUUUUGCUGGAGUUGAGGACAAGGUGGAGAUCUUAGAAGGUUCGUCUGGAAAUAUUAUUCCGCAACUGAAGAAGAAGCAAGAAGUGGAGACUCUAGAUUUUGUUUUCCUCGAUCACUGGAAGGGCAGAUAUCAACCUGACACACAACUCUUGGAGGAAUGUGGUCUGCUGAGAAAAGGCACUGUUCUGCUGGCAGACAAUGUCAUUACACCAGGAGCCCCAGAAUUUCUACAGUAUGUACGCAACAAUCCCCGCUAUGAGUGCACACACUAUGCCUCAAAUUUGGAAUAUACAAAGUUUAAAGAUGGAAUGGAAAAGGCUAUUUUCAAAGGUUAAACAUAUAAAAUGCAGAGAAACUAAAUGUAUUUAUGUAACAAGAUCCAAAAAGCUCAACCCUCACUUCAUGUGGACUUUUAUAAUGCUCUUGAGGAGUUAUACUGUGCAUGUGAAACAUGUAUGUGAUCUCAAUCUGAAACUUAAUUUCUCUCUACUUCCUCCUGGAAAUUUAAAGUUUGCUCUUGUCCCCGUCCUAGCCAAGUGUUUUAAAAUUUGUCGUUACAAAUGUGCAUAACAUCCUGGUGUACCUCUUGUAGCUCCUUAUGCUAAAAUUCGGUGUCAAACCAGUGAUGUUGCUGUUUUGAGUCUGAUGCAAAUAGUGUUGGAGAUCUGAAUCAACCAAUAACUGGGAGAUUCACAACAGAUCAGAUUUAGAGUGGUGAAGAGUUGGAUGGAAGUCAGAGAAAAAGGGAAGAGUGAGGGCAUGGAUCAGCCAAUGGUCUUGGGAGGGAGAGCAUGUCAGAGCAUCAGGCCAGGUUGUGAUUCUAUUCAAUAAAUACUGUGACACUCAUCCCUUUAACUCUGACAAGGGCACCAACCUGAGUGGAACUGUUUUCCAAUAUAGGUCAGAGUAUUUGGAAGAGGAGAAAAAAAAUUGAAAGAUUUCUGGGAAAAUAAAAAAAAAGUAAUCUGUUUAUCUCAAAAGGUUUUAUAGAGACAAUCCCUGACAUUGAAAAAAAGUCAUUUGAAGCUGUGUGUGAAUUGCUCUCUUUAAUAUAAAAAAUGAUAAAACACAAAUAAUCCAUAUAAAAAGAGUCUAGUUUUUUUUAUUAGAAUAGAUUCCCUACAGUGUGGAAACAGGCCCUUCAGCACAACAAGUCCACACCAACCUGCCAAAGUGCAAACCACCCAGACCCAUUCCCCUACA